AUGGGUCACGGUGAUGAACAUCCUGAGCAGCAAGCCUGCCGUGUCAACCCCGGACGUUCAAUGUCAAAGCGCUACCGCACCUCUGAGACAGCGCCUAAACUCAAGAAGAAGCCUGCCAACAAGCCGAAGCCGAGGGGCAAGACUGCAAAGCAAGAGAUGGGGUGCGGAGGCGGAGGAGAUGCUGACGAAGGCGACGAGGCGAAGGGAAAGGAGGAUGCGCUCGCAUCCAGUAGGCUCCUCGAUCCGGAAUUCAAGCCCUCCAAGCUGUCCCAAGAUCAGCUCGACAAGUUUAAGGAAUUGCACAAGAAACGGCUACAAAUAAAGGAAAAAACAAAAUCCAAAGGAAAAUCUAAAGGAAGAACUGGGGCGAACACAAAUGUAGCCAAUGAUUCUAAAUUUAAUAAUAAGGAUAAAUCAAUUGGUAGUGCCGCAAUAGAUGUACAGCAUACAACAUCAACUACAGGAGCCCAAGCGAAUCUUGCACUGUCCCUGCCCUUGAGGAACAAAAGGAAGUUGCAUUGGGGGCUUGAUGUUAAAGAACGGUGGGAGAGGAAAGCGAACAUGUGAAUUUCUGAAGAUCGUUUAAAUUCUCAGAGCAAAGCAAACCCUCCAUGUAAACGG